AUGUCUGAAUCAAAACCUCAAGAAGAGGCAAAGCCUAUUGAGACUGUUGAGACAAAGACAGAGGAGGAGUUACCACCGCUGUCAGACCAUGACUUCAAGAUAUAUAACCGAGCGGCCGACCACAUGGAAUAUUUUCACAACAACUUUCGAAGAUCAUGGAACCUCCUAUGGAAUGCCUGCACCAACAACCGUCGGCCCCAAGGCAUGUCACUAAAGCAGUUCAUCAUGGAAGGUCUCCAGUUUGCCGAGCAUCUCACCAUGCACCACAACAUCGAGGAGACGUACAUCUUCCCCGUGCUAGCCAAGAAGAUGCCCGAGUUCCGAGGAGGACGCGCUGAACUUCUCCGCCAGCACAAGCAGAUCCAUGCAGGGCUGGGCCAUUUUGAGGAAUACCUCAAGAAAUGCAGGACGGGAGACGCCGAGUUUGAGCUCAGUGUGCUCAAGACAAAGAUGGAGACUUGGGGCGAGGUGCUGUGGAAGCAUCUGGACCAAGAGUCCGAGGUGUCAUGGAUCGCCCGCCGAACACAGGCCUCACUGGCCAAGCCUGGAGAUCUGAUCCCAAACAAAGUGGAGGAGUCUCAACCAGAAAAAGCUCCUGAACCCCGAUACCCUCGCUCCCUCCAGGCCCUACACCUCAAGCCUCUAAAGCGCGAGGCCCAGCACGGCAUCCCCUCGUGCGACCUCCAGCUCCGAUCCUUCAGCGUCCAACCCCUCGAAUUCUUCUCCGACUUCGCCCUCCGCGCCGCCUACUACCUCGGCCUGCCCGCCUACGGCCCCGUGCCUCUCCCCCGUAUCACAGAGCGCUGGACCGUGCCCCGAGACAACUUCAUCUUCAAGAAGUCGCAGGAGAACUUUGAGCGAAAGACGCUGCGGCGGCUUAUCCAGAUCCGCGACGGGAACCCCGAGACGGUGCAGCUGUGGCUGGCAUACUUGCGCAAGCACCAGCUCUACGGCGUGGGAAUGAAGGCCAACAUGUGGGAGUUUAGCGAGCUGAGCGUUGGGAAGAAGAUGGAUGCGCUGCCGGAGGCGGAGAAGGGCGAGAUUGAUGCCAAGUGGUCGCAUCUUGGACAGACAAAGACGAUUGGUACUGUGGAAAAGGUUGAGGAGUUGCUGAACCAGCGGAGGUUCCGUGAGGCUGCUGGCCUGAGGGUUCCUCCUACGACGAGCGUGUAA